AUUUGACAAGAAUCCUGUCACAUAAAUUCACAUUUAUUUAAAUUCAGUGCCAGAGAAAGUGUUGAAACUAUGCAGGAAUUGCAGAAGAGCAACGAUUGUCCGAUGCAGGAUAUGCGGGAUAACCACAAAGAGAAUACUCCAAGCCAGGAAAUGCAGGAAAAACAACAAGAGAAUAUUCCAAGCCAGGAAAUGCAGGAAAAACAACAAGAGAAUACUCCAAGCCAGGAAAUGCAGGAAAAACAACGAGAAAAUACUCAAACCCCAGAGAUGCCGAUAAACAAAGAGGACUCCCCCCUUCAGGACACAGAGGAACCUGUAAGCAAUACCCAUGCGAUCGACAAGAAGCUCAAAAAUCAGGGCAUAACAAAGAAGGUUGGCAUGGAGAUUGCAAAGCUCAAAUCCAUGAUACGCCGCACCUUGGUGGACUGCGGCACCAUGGCGAAUUUGAUGAAGCGCAUGCAACCAAUUCUCGAGGAGCAGCUCGCCCUCACCCAUGUCAUUGAAUCGAAGUUUGCCUCGUACUCCAAUGAGAUCGAAAAAUACUUGAAUACGCGUGGCGGGCUGUCGGCAAAGGUGGCAGCUAAUCCGCGCAAUGCGGCCAAGUAUCGUCGCCACAUCCAGUUGUUGGACAAGAAGGCGUUCCGUCGGCAGCGUUCGAUGAUCUGUGAAAUGCGCGUUCAUUGGCGUUUGCUGCGCAAAAUCAUCGUCGAGCAACAACAGAAGGCAGUCGCCAGCUCCUCUGCUUAAUUGUAGUCGCGUGCAGCUGAGAAAACUUAAAUAAAAUACAUAAUACAUGCAUGCCCCAAAAGGUAGCUGCAAAUU